CUCCUUAGCGCGUCACACCAGCUGGUCCUGAGAAUGCAGCAUCAUGGCGACGCUCAUGGAGCGCCUGGCUUUUCUUCAAAAAGUACCCAUCCUAAUGAAGGCCACGGCGGAUGACGAAACGCCCUGCCCCGGCUACCUAUUUGAAGAAAUCGGUAAGAUCUCCCAUGAGUCCGUGGGGUGCUGCCAGUGCCUGCUGGAGUACCUGCUGGACCGUCUGCAGGGCGAGUCAAACUGCCACGUCAAACUAAAGGUUCUGAAGAUCCUGCUUCAUCUCUGUGGUCACGGCUCUCCACACUUCCUGACUGAGCUUCGCCGGAAUGCCACCUUCAUCCAGGAAGUGACAGUCCACAGUGGCCCCCCCGACCCCAUCCACGGCACCUCCCUAUACCAGAGGGUACGGGCUGCAGCUCAGGACCUGGCCUGUCAGCUGUUUACUGAUACAGUUCUGCCCCAGCCUGCCCUGUCCCCAGCCAACACUACUGCCCCAGCACUGGGAAUGGGCUCUGAGUCUGUUAUCAGAUCGGGGAUGCAGGGAUUUGGCUACAGCCCAAGAAAACACACCUCCGGGGGCUCCCUGCUGGGGCGGAUCCAGAGGGCUGCAGAGGUGGUGGCCAGCGCUGUGCUCCCCCCUGCAGAGCAGCAGGGCCUCCGUCUCCACGACAACCACUAUCGCGCGGUGCUGGCGCCCUCUGCUGGAGUGGAGGUGGCAGUGCCCGCCUGCUCCUUCAACCUGCCCCCCCAUGGGCUGAAAGUGGUGCGGCGGAGCCCCGGGCAGGCGGCCGGCGGCUGGGAGGAGAGCGACAGCGGGAACAGCUCCUCUCAGGAGAACGGCAACGCCAGCCCUGCGUCCGGCACCGACAGCCAAUCAGGAGCCAGCCGCGAGAGCGGGGACCUGGGGGAGCGGGUGGACGCCAUGCACCUGGGAGACUGUUGCCAGGAGACCAUGCUCAUCAGCGGCCUGACUGACGGCUCCAAGGUCUUCCUCUCCAGAGAGGAAGUGCAGCGCUUCAUCAAAGAGUGCUCCAUACUCAACUGCGAGGUGGUGGUGGAACUGCUCUGUCGCAAGCUUCAGGACCCCGCGCACACGGUCCAAAUGAGGGCGCUCUCUGCCAUCGCCUGUCUGAUGUCGUCUGACCUGCUGUCUCUGGACCACAUGUUUGGCGUUACUCAUAAGCAUCUGGGGCGUCUGAGCAAAGGUCUCCCAGGGCCGGCAGCCAACAAGGCCACGAAGCUCCUGCGGCAGUUUGAGGCUCUGAUGGGGGGCCAGGUGGGCGUGUCCCGGGGGGGUGUGGCAGGAGCAUUGGACUCCGCCUCCAAACUCUCAGAGGGGGGUGUGUCUCUUGCUCAGGGAGGGGCUCCACACCCAAGCCCCGCCCCUAACCAGCUCGACCCCCCUGUUGCCACGGAGAUGCCAGGCUGUUACCAUGGUGAAGAGGAGGGUAGGGGACAGUCCUGUGUAGACUGCCACACCCACACGGAUGCACGGCAGCCAUCUUUGUUCAGUGGCAUGGAGCUUCUAAGACCCAAGUCUGUCUGUGCCAAAGCCCCGCCCACUCAGAUGGACCGGGAGGCCCCGCCCACUCUGACGGACAGGGAGGCCCCGCCCACUCUGACGGACAGGGAGGCCCCGCCCACUCUGAUGAACAAGGAGGCCCCACCCACUCUGACAGACAGGGAGGCCCCGCCCACUCUGACAGACAGGAAGGCCCCGCCCACUCUUACGGACCGGGAGGCCACGCCCGCUCUUACGGACAGGGAGGCCACACCCACUCUGACGGACCGGGAGGCCCCGCCCACUCUGAUGGACCGGGAGGCCCCGCCCACUCUGAUGGAGAGGGGCGUGGCCAUGGAAAGCAACUCAGACACGGACACCACCAGAGAGACACGCCCAUCCCAGGCUCCACCCCGCUCCGCCUUCUCCUUUCUCAAUGUAUAACCUCUGCUGAUUGGUCAGUGCAGGUUUCUGCUCUGCUGAUUGGUCCGUGCAUGUUCCUGCUCUGCUGAUUGGUCAGUGCAUGUUCCUGCUCUGCUGAUUGGUCAGUGCAUGGUCCUGCUCUGCUGAUUGGUCAGUGCAGGUUCCUGCUCUGCUGAUUGGUCAAUGCAGGUUCCUGUAGGGUUUUAUGUAGCAGUCGGGCUCCCAGAGAAAGCAUCUAGGAAUUCAUCCUCACGUGAGCGUAUGGUCAUUUCCUAAAAUACAGAUGAGUUAUAAAAUGCCCGUACACAUAAGUAAAUGGGAUAUAGGGAUAUAGAGAGCGAGAGAGAAAGAAAGAGAGAGAAAGGGACGGAGGGAUAGAAAAAGGAAGACAACUCUGCAGAUCUCCAUUACAGCCCCUUUCUGGUGUUUGUAAUUCCACAUGUGGUCCAGCAGAUGGUGCUGUUGCACUCAGAGCAUUCUGGCGAGUAGCAGGAUGGGUAUUUAUAUAGUCAGCUGCUAUUGGGGGCAGAUAUGUGCUGGACUUCGAUGCCUUAGUGACCCUAGGGCCUUCCACAUCUCUUCCUGUAUUAAUGAAGCCACUUGGACAAAGACUGCUGGUCCAGGUUAGUGUUGAAAGGAUAGUGUUAGGAUAUAAAUGCCCUGCUCUUACUCCGACAUGCUGUGUGAACACCGUCUCGUCUCGUUUAGAAGCUGAUGGGGCUUCCUCUUUAUGCACUGACAGGUCUUCCACUCUGACCGCGCGCUGGGCAGCUGUCUCUCUGGAAUCUGAAGACACUGCGUCAUGAAAUGUUUUCCCUUGUUGUUUUAUUAUUUCUAUCUUUAUUGUAUUGUUACUGGGGGAAAAAAGCCAUUUAUAAAUAGUUCUCAAAAGACCUGAUGAUUCAGGAUAAUGAUUAUUUCUAUAACCUUAUUAAAUUAUUUGCCAAA